UCUUGUUGUUGAUUCGAGCGGCAGGGAGCGGUGGAGCUGGGGGGCUCGGUGUCACCAGCCCCCCGGCUGGGCAGGCAGAGCCGGGCUCUGUCCACAGAAGCUGCUGGCAGAAAGGAGCUCCAGGGACCGUGGUGGUAACAUGAAACCAACAUGGCUGACUUGCUUCUCGCAGCCUGCUCCCUCUUGGUUGUGCGAGGUUGGCUCCAUAUUCCAGUGACUGUUCGACAGAAAGAACUUGGAUGACUUCUUCAAGAUCAUCCUAAGGAAGCAAAUUGCAAGAAUUUCUUAGCUGUUCGCUAUCCAUCAAUUGCCAAGCUACCCCUCCCAGCCCAUGUGGCUCUCCCCAUGCUCCAAGAGUGCAACUGGUGCCCAACGCAAUGUGUGUUUGUCAAACCAUGGAAGUGGGCAAGUAUGGCAAGAAUGCCACUCAAUCUGGAGACCGAGGGGUCCUGCUGGAGCCUUUCAUUCACCAGGUUGGCGGCCACAGCAGCAUGAUGCGCUAUGAUGACCAUACUGUCUGCAAGCCUUUAAUUACCAGAGAACAGCGCUUCUAUGAAUCUCUGCCCCCAGAAAUGAAGGAGUUCACACCUGAGUACAAAGGUGUGGUGUCUGUCUGUUUUGAGGGAGACAGUGAUGGCUACAUUAACCUGGUGGCAUAUCCUUAUGUGGAGAAUGAGGCUUUGGAACAGGAUGAUAUGCCAGAGAGGGACCAGCCACGACGCAAGCACUCGCGUCGGAGCCUUCAUAGAUCAGGCAGCGGCACUGAGCACAAGGAGGAAAAACCUGGCCUGGCCAGUGAUGGCACUGAAAGCAGCAUCCAGGAAAUGAAGAGUCCCAGAGUAGACUUGCACAUCCAUUCAGAUGUUCCAUUCCAGAUGUUGGAUGGAAACAGUGGUCUGAGUUCUGAAAAGAUCAGCUACAACCCCUGGAGCCUGCGCUGUCACAAGCAGCAGCUGAGCCGCAUGCGAUCGGAGUCCAAGGACCGAAAACUCUAUAAGUUCCUUUUGCUGGAGAAUGUGGUGCAUCAUUUCAGGUUUCCCUGUGUACUUGAUCUGAAGAUGGGGACCAGACAGCAUGGAGAUGAUGCCUCUGAGGAGAAGGCUGCUCGGCAGAUGAAGAAGUGUGAACAGAGUACUUCUGCCACCUUGGGUGUACGCGUGUGUGGGAUGCAGGUCUAUCAGCUGGACACAGGGCAUUACUUAUGCAGGAAUAAAUACUAUGGACGCGGUCUUUCCAUCGAGGGCUUCCGCAAUGCCCUCUACCAGUAUCUCCACAAUGGCCUAGAGCUGCGUAAGGACCUCUUUGAACCUGUCCUCACCAAACUCCGAAGUCUGAAAGCAGUUUUGGAGAGACAGGCCUCCUACCGCUUCUACUCCAGCUCCCUUCUCAUCAUUUAUGAUGGGAAAGACAGCAGGGCAGGGAUGUUUGUGGAGCGCCGGGCAGAGAUGCGCCUGAAGCGGGUAGACAGCUCUGUCCCUGAGAGCCUUCAGGAUAGCAGCAGCACAGAGUCCAGCUCCUCGGCCCAGCCCAAGGUGGAUGUGCGUAUGAUUGACUUUGCGCAUAGCACGUUCAAAGGCUUUCGUGAUGACCCUACUGUGCAUGAUGGACCGGAUAUGGGUUAUGUAUUUGGGCUGGAAAGCCUCAUCAACAUCAUGGAACGGAUGCGCGAGGAAAACCAGUAGCUUUGGGCUACGAUCUCUCAUUCUUGUCCUGGUGCAGGAGCAAAUAAGACCAACUAGUACCACAGGAAAAAGCAGAUAACUUUGGUUUUAAACAAUUGUAUUGCUCCAUUGUUUUUAAAUGUACUUCAGUAGAAGAGCUAAGGGGAGGCAGGAUGGAAGAGCUCCUCAUGCCUACCAGAUGGCUUUGACCACGCUAGCUCUGCCUUCUGGAGGAGACUCUGUAGACACCUGCUGGGCAUUGGGCGUCUUGGGGCUUUGCUCAUCGCGUGUGUGUUCUGGAGGGAGGGACCUGGACAUAGGGAAGAGAAAGCAGGAGAGAGCAGGGCUCUUCAGGGGGCUGGAGAAGAGGGUUGGAGCUCUGGCUUGGGGAGCCUCUUGCCUCAGGAGCCCCCAGGAGAACCUGUAGCUUGAAAUUCUCCUGAGUGAUCUAGAAAGGGUGCUUGAGUAAAAGCCAGCAGCAUUUGUGGGGCUGACAGUGAGCAGCACACUUGUGCUGGUCUCUGUGUUAGUGUUUGUCGCUAGCUCUGCCCUGGGUAUUGCCAACCAGGGGCUUUGCUUCUGAUGCUGCAUUUUUCUCAUGUUUGGGUACUGUGAAUGAUCAACCCAAGCUUAGAAAUAAAAUGACCAAAUGCAACCUGUGGCAGAGCUGUGGCAGAGAGAAAGUGCCACACGCUUUGAGUUGUGCUCGAGCCUGGGGCCUGCUCACCUCUCCUGCCAUCCUGUGCAACUUCAGUGGACAGAGUGGCAUGGGCAGACCCUGCGUACAGGCAAGCACGGGGGCUCUGCGAGUGUAACUCUGCCUUGGACCACUGACCAAGCAAGAACUCGGCUCAUGGUCUAGCAAUAGUAUCUGUAGCAAGUUAAUGUGACCCCAACAGUGCAGUGGGGCAUUUUGGACCAUUUCAGUCUUUCCCUUUGUGUAAUUUUGGUCCCGCGGAGUGUAGGCAAGUGUCUCCCAAGUGACACAGAGCUGAGGUACUGCAGCUGAAACUGUCCUCUUCCUGAAUCUGGCCUUCUGCCAUACAGCCUCUGCUCUUCUGACAAGUCCUUGCACUGGGGAUGGUGAAAGAGAAGGCUGAGGGUUAGGGCUGGACCCCCCGUUCCUGCCUCUGAGAUUGUGCAGUGGGGUGGAUAAGCAAGGGGGACCUUGGCUGAGUGGUGAUUGUUGUCUCUUGACUGCUUGAGCUUCACUGAAGUCAGUCCAAAAUAAUCCCUUUGUGGAUGGAAGAGCUAACCAGCUGGGGCAUGCGUUGCUGCCCGGCCUAGCUCCCAUAGCUGGUGCUUUACUCACCGGCUUCCCUUGACAAGGGCAUUAAUGUUUGAUACCCUGGCCUGGUUGUACUGAGGUUAGUUGUGCCCCACGUCUGCAUUACCCAAGUGUGUUUCUGUGCUGGUACUCCCUCGUUGCCCCUUCUGUGGUGUCAUUCUGGCUUGUUCUGUAACCUUACAGUAACCAGCUAAGAAACUCUUUAUUUGGAUAUCUGCAAAGGCAGGAUUUUUUUUAGUCAGGAAAGCAUCUUUUGGAAAAUACUUGCCCUGCAUGUAGCAUGCACAAAGGCUUUUUAUGUGGGCAGUCUGCUUGGAAAGUGUUUGUGCUCAAGUCACCACCAUUUGUAACUGCUGCAGCAGGUGGUGGUGUGAGGCACUGGAUGUGGAAGGAGGCAGGGGGAGUGCUAGGUUUUGUCCUAAAACAUACCUCUGCCUGUCUCCUGGCUGUAUGAAAGCUGCUGCUCCCCUGCAGCCUUCUAGGUGAGGACGCUCACUCGUGCCACUCUUCCCUUUGCUAGAUAACUUCCUCAUUACUUCUGUGAGUAGCUGCACAGCAAGGCAGAGCUCCUACAACUUUCAGGAAGAAGGUUUGUAAGAGGGAGUGAAGUUGUUUGAACAGCUGGAAUAGAAGAUGCCACCAGAAGAGCCACGGUAAUGUCCUUGGCUCUGUCUGACCCUAGUGUGAUGAGAGGGCAACUUCAUGCAUUGCAGCCAUCCAUGUUAUGUCCUCACCUCUUGCGGGUUUUGCUUUGGGAAAGGCGGGUUGAGCAGGGCAUUCCCUCCUGAGGGAGCAUCUCCACGUAGUGCAAAUACUGAUUUUCAGCAUUCCCUUUUGACACUUAGUGCAGUGAUGUUUUCUCUUGUUGUCAAGGCUCACCCCUCCCUCAUGGCAGUCCUACCACUGAAACUGUAACUGUGCUCCUUCCUUUGGCUUCUGGGUGUAUCUUGGGUUUAGUUCAGUGUCACAUCCCUUCCCCGUGCCCCCCUCAGCAUGUUCUCCACAUUCAGAUUGAAGAAGCCAGGCUGGACGGUAAGGGAAUGUGUGUUUUCUGGGCACAAGCAUCUUUGGUAGGGGUGAGAUGUGAAGGGACACAGCAUGCUUCCUGUGCUCCUUUGGAGCCACCUUUCAAAUUCCCUUUGGACCAUUGAGAUGAGAGUUCCACAGCUUGUAAAUAGCCUUGAAAACACUUUGUUUUUACAUGAAUAAUCACCCUUGUUUGUGUUUCACGAAGAACCAAAAAAAAAAAAAAAAAAAAAAAAAAAAAUUAAAGGAUCUGGUUUUGUCCGUGUUGUGGCAUUACUGCAUUUCCACGUGGUGUGAUCAUAAAGCACAGCCUUCUUUGGUAGCAAUAAGUCCUCCAAGCUUCCAGGCAGGAGGACGUACUUGAAUGGCCUCUGGACCUUGCUUUCCACACUGUCUUUUGAGAGGUCUUGGGCUGGAUGAUAGUUCUGCAGGUGGUUUAAACUUAGGUGCUUGUGUUUGUUGUCUGGUUUAGCGUACAGUUACCUGUUUAGCUUCCACUUGUAGGUAAUCGCAGUCAUUGCACUCCUUGUUUGGGCAGGAGAAGCUGGCAUAAGGCAUAGCCCAGGAAGAGCUGAGGAGAGCAAUGAAACAGUGUUACAGAAGUUGGCAAGUCUGUCUCUUUUUUUUUUUUCUUGGCGUUGAGAACAGCCAUGGAGCUGGUGGUACAGCCCACCUCUGGGUGAGAAAUGGCCAUUUCGCAGUGCUGGGGCAACUGCUCUUCUGCAAUAAAGCACAGAUGAACUCA